AUGGCAGAAGAAAUUGAGCCACACAUAGCUAGAAAAUUUGAAAUAAUUUAAAAAUUAGGUAAAGGUGCUUAUGGAAUAGUGUGGAAAGCAGUUGAUAAGAAGUUAAAAACAGUAAUGAAUUAAAUUUUAAAAUGUUAAAAGGUUGUUGCAUUGAAAAAAGUGUUUGAUGCAUUCCAUAAUGCAACAGAUGCAUAAAGAACUUUUCGAGAGAUUAUGUUUUUGUAAGAGUUGAAUGGGCAUGAGAAUAUAGUUAGACUUUUGAAUAUAAUAAAAGCAGAGAAUAAUAAAGAUAUUUAUUUGGUAUUUGAUUAUAUGGAAACAGAUUUACAUGCAGUGAUAGUAUAGUUAUUUAAUUUAGAUAGCGUGCUGGAAUAUUAGAAGAGGUUCAUAAGAAAUUUAUUAUUUAUUAAAUUUUGAAAUCUUUGAAAUACAUACAUUCUGGUGAAUUGAUACAUAGAGAUCUUAAACCAUCAAAUAUAUUACUAAAUUCUGAAUGUCAAAUGAAAUUAGCAGAUUUUGGAUUAGCUAGAAGUAUAGCAAUAAAUGAAGAAGAUAGUAGUAUAUUUAAAAUUCUAUAUAAAAGCUCCCCCUAUUUUGACUGAAUAUGUAGCUACUAGAUGGUAUAGGGCUCCAGAAAUAUUGUUAGGAUCUACUAAUUAUACUAAGGCAGUUGAUAUGUGGAGUAUUGGAUGUAUUCUUGGAGAACUUGUUAUAGGUAAGGCAGUUUUCCCAGGUACAUCUACUGCUAAUUAAAUUGAACGAAUUUUAGAAUUAAAUGGUAAACCUUCAGAUCAGGAUGUGGAAGCAUUAGAAUCACCUCUUGCUGCUCAUAUUUUGACAUCUGUAACUAUUACAAAAAGAAAAUCUUUUUAAUAAUUCUUUUAAGGAGCAAGUGAUGAUUGUUUAGAUUUAUUGAGAAGGUAAUUUACCUUCUAAAUUUAGAUUAUUAGUCUUUAAUCCAAAAAUGAGAUUAACUGUUGAUUAAGCAAUUAGACAUAAGUAUAUUAAAGAAUUCUCAUCUCCUGAAGAAGAAAUUGUUUGUUAAGAACCAAUUAAAAUACCAAUGAAUGAUAAUAAGAAAUUCUCUAUUAAAGAAUAUCGAGAAGCUUUGUAUAAUGAUAUCAAUAGGAGAAAAAAAGAAUAAAGAAAGAAAUGGCAAGCUAAAUAUUUAUCAUAGUUAGGAAUGGAUCCUGAUGAAUUGAAUGAUAAAAAUUAAUUUAUUCAUUCAGGUGAAUAGUAAUAAUCUGCUUCAUUCUUUUAAAAAUAAGGAAAAGUUGAAAAUUAAAAUAGUUCUUAAGUAGUUUAAAAAUCUAACAUUGAAGAAAUUUAAUAAAUUAUUAGAUAAUAAUAAUUAUAAUCAUAAUAAUUAAAGAAAUCUUAGAGUUAGGCUAAUGUCUAAUCUGUAUAAUAACCUGCUUAAAAAUUGACUAGUCAAAAAAGUGCAUCCAAUAUUGUGGCAUAAAUUUAUAAUAAUUUCUAAAGUCAAGACUCAAAAUUUCAUUAACAAUAAUAGUUUUUGCAACAAUAAUUAUAACAGCUCCAACAGAAAUCCAUCAAAAAAAAGACAUGAUAUAUAAAUUUAAUAUUUAUACACGUAAAAUCACUGA